UUGUGUACCCAUAAUUACUUUGGGCAAAAUAAAAGUGCAUUCGGGCUUGAUUGUAAAACUCACAAAUUGUUCUAUGAUUCGGGAAAGCAGUUUGUGAUGUUUCUUUUUACCUGAUAGUACCAAAAAUUACUUCACCGCGAAAACAAUUGUGAACUUCUCAACGAAAGUCAGAGCGGGGGUUGAUAUAUAUUGGUCAUGUUGUAUGAGGGCUCCACCUUCAGUGCUUUUCAGAGGGAUAGCGUGCAAGAGGGAUUUAGCUGCUCGGUGGGGCGGCGGAGAUCGACGAGGAGACAUGGCGGUGGGCGUCACCGGGUCGGCCCAGCUGGUGGCCGGACUGGCCGAGUAUAGGCGUGGGACCGGCGGUUCGUCCACAAUGAUUCCCUUCAAGGCCUUCGGCGUUGCUUCGCUCUUCGUGGGAACCGCCUCCUGCACCGUCGCCGGCGUCCUCCACGCCUCCGGCAUCUGCCAGCCUCAACCCGUUAUCCUGAUCCGAACAGGGGCUCUACAAAAUGCAAAUAUCGCUCUGAAGCGGCUUAGUCGAAGCAUACGAUCAAAGCUCGGGGGGUCCCCAGUCCCCACCCAGGAGCUCCAGCGAUGGCGGACAGGCUAUUUGACUAUUAUACCCCCACCAGGCAGUUGAUUUUUAUCCGAAUGCUCCCGUUUAUCGAAGCACAUUUUGGUCGUCAUUGGCAUCAGGAUCGCAACAUCUUGAACUUGGGAGUCAGCAUGACCAGUAUCCCGAUAUUUGAGUCCGUUUCCUUUCCUUUUCUCCUCGUGUUUUUGGCUUGAAAAGGCCUCAUAAUGGCAACUGAUUCUUGUUUAUCGUUGGAUCUUAGAUGCUCCCUAAUCCAACUUGGAAGCUUAGUCAGGUGUUCUAAGAAGUUUGUUUUCCUUCCCUGUU